CAUCUGCAUCCAUCUAGCACAUUGCAUGCCUUGCAUUCGAGCUCCUUGUGCCCAUGGUUGCAACACCAUGAUUAAAAGAUGUUUCAUGGAACAAUCACACAAGAGCUAAUUAAUCAUGUGGAAUGGAGUCAUUAUAAUGAAAAUAUAAUAGAAGAUCAAAAAGAUUUUGUUUAUGUGAAAUACAAUGGCCUUCAUUUAAAAUCCAUGGAAAAUUUACAGUCUUGCAUCUCUCUUAGAGUAUGUAUUUUUUCAAACAAUUUCAUUACAGAUAUUCAUCCAAUUCAGAAUUGUGUAAAGUUAAUCAAACUUGAUCUUCAUGGAAACCAGAUCAAGUAUUUACCAGAUCGCACAUUUUGGAGUGGAUUAAAGAAUCUAAAACUCCUCUAUCUUCAUGACAAUGGGUUUGUGAAGUUAAAGAAUGUAUGUGUGUUAUCUGCCUGUCCAAACCUCACUGCCCUCACUAUGUUUGAUUGUCCAGUAAGCCUUCAGAAAGGCUACAGGCAUGUCCUUGUUAACAGCAUCUGGUCACUCAAGGCCCUGGAUCGUCACGUGAUAUCAGAUGAAGAAAUAAUUCAGAACUGGCAUCUUCCUGAAAGAUUCAAGGCAUAUAACCAUCGACUUUUCCUUAAUAUUUGUCCUGCACUAGUAAAGGGAACAACCUAUGAGGAUGAAACUAAUAAUAUUAAAUACAUUAUUUCAAGAAUUAAUGAAAUUAUGGCUCAUAACUCACCAGUUUUGAUUAUUCAAAGAUGGAUUCGUGGUUAUUUAGUUAGAAAAGAGUUGAGCGCUCUCUUUUUAUGCAAAAGACAGCAUGAAAAAAAGAUCAGGGAACUAAAAUCUAAAUGGAUUUCCAUAACCAGAGCCCAAGAAGACAAAUUCUUUAAGGAUGUCAUUUCCAAGUCUGUAACUAAUAUAAAAGGAAAGCUUGCACAUUUGAAACAUACCAGAUAUCCUCCUGUUGAACUGAAGUAUUCUAGUGAGGGCAUAAAACAUGGUUUCUGUCUCCCAUAUGAACUCAAAAUGAAAAACAUGGAUGAAAAAUUAAAAGCAUCAAGGCAUCCCAUUCAAAAAGGUCAGAAGGAAUCAGCAGCUGGAAUGGAGGAUGAAGGAUUGGGGACCAGCUUUAGAAUCUCAGUCCACAAACUCCCUAUAUAUAGUCACAGGUCACUGAAGUAUGCCAGAGCUUUGAAAGGACUGAAACAAGAUUAUUCUCCUGUUUACGAUCUGCCACUUCCCCCCACUCAGUAUAAAGCAGUAACUAAAAGGGAACCCCCCCUGGAGAUGCAGAAGAGGAGAGAGUUUCUGGCCACACAAAGAGCUGGCCUGAAACUGCAAAUAUUCCAGCACAUUGAUGAUCAUUACAUUGAAGAGAAGGAAAUAGAGCUUGCUAAAGCAAAAGUAACAGCUGUCUCUGUGGCACAAGUUGUCCGAGAAAGAAUGAGACUCCAUGUUCAAGACAGUAGAACUGCAAAAAUAUACAGUGCACAAGAACAGAUGGAAAGAGAUCGUGAGACAUUGGAGAACAAAUUGCAGCAAAAUUGGAAGGAAAGAGUGAACUAUCUUGAAAAAGUCAAAAAGCAAAGAGCUUUAUUUUUACUACAGAAGAAACUGAAGGCUGCAGACCGUUUAUUGGUUCAGAACUUAAGUAAUGAACUCAUGCUUCUGCUCAGAGGCAUUAUUAGCAUUGACAGAGUGAAGAAUAAGGCAGCUAUCUUAAGAGAGAAACACCUGAUGAUUCGGGAGAAAGUAAAAGCAGAAAAACAUCAACAGUGUUUAAUUAAGGAAAUGAAGAAAGAGAGGGCUGAAGAAAUACGUUCAAGGCACCGUGAAGAAAAGUUUGUUAUGGAUAUGAUGGCCUUACAGAAAGAAUAUGAAAGAUUCAGAUGUGCUAAAGUGAAAGUGGCAGUUGUGAGAGGAAGUUUUCUUUUCACAUCUCCCCAGACAGAGAUAAGUUAAAGCCCUGUCAGGUCUACACUACUGUCGUGGAAACUUGGCCAUUACAUCUAUGCAAAGGGCUUAGAAAUCAUGCACUGAAAGCAGUGGUGCAUAGCACAAGAUGAUCUGUACAAAAAUCUUUCAACAUGUAAAAACGUAUGUUUCUUGUCAUGGUCAUAAGUGAAAUCAAGUUGACUUGGCAUCGAUAAAAGGUUUCUUAAUUAUCUGUGUGUCCAUGGAACAAUUAAAACUGGCAUAAUCUGCUACAAAACAACCUUACAAACAUAUUGCUUGUAUUUUUGUAUCUAGACUACUUCCAGGUUUCUCUAAUAACCUUACUAGAGUAAUUGCUAUCUCUUUUGCUGAC